AUGGCUGUACCGCCGCCGGGCAAGUCGAGUCUCGUCGACCUCCUCAGUGCGCUGCCCGAUUUCGAUGACAACUGGGCUCCCCCCGUCACAAACGAGACGACUCUCAAUGGAGUGCCCUACGCUCCAUACUCCAAGGGCGACAAGCUAGGCCGCAUGGCUGAUUGGACCGACUCAAAGGAUGGCAGGGACGGUCGUGGUGGCAGGCAGCAAUAUAACAGGAGCUACCGAGACCAGCAAGUAUACGGCGCCGGCACUGCUUCCCUUUUCGCUCCGCCCGUCGCCGAGGAUGAGGCAUCCUUCUCGGUUGUUUCCAACGUUCGCGAUUCUGGCAAAACCCGUUUUGGCCGCGGUGCCAUAUUCACCCGCGGCCGUGGCCAGCGCGGUGCUCGCCAGGACACGCGCGGCGGCGGUCGCCAGCAGUUCCAGCGCGGUGGGCGCGGUGGUGGGCAAUACGGUGGCGGUGGUUUUGAUGGGCGCGGCGGUGGCCGGGGGAAUGCUGGCGCGCGGGGUCGCCGCUUUGGCUGGAAGGACUACGACAAGCCGGCCCGCAACCGUGACGCCUCCAUCAACAUCAAACCCGAUUGGAAGCUCCUCGAGGAGAUUGACUUCAACCGUCUCAGCAAGCUCAAUCUCGAUGCUGAUGAGGGUGAGGACAUUGACAGCUACGGCUUCCUGUACUAUUACGAUCGCUCCUACGACAAACAGCCCGUUAAGGCUGCCGAGCGCAAGCUCGCUGUGUUAGACCGUGCCGUCUACAACGUCACGACAUCUUCCGACCCGAUCAUUCAGGAGCUCGCCGAGAAGGACGAGGCGACCAUUUUCGCAACGGAUAGUAUCCUGUCCAUGCUCAUGUGUGCGCCGCGGUCCGUGUACUCCUGGGAUAUUGUCAUUGUCCGGCAGGGCAACAAGGUAUUCCUCGACAAGCGCGACAACGCGGCGCUUGACAUGGUCACGGUCAACGAAAACGCGGCCGACGCCCCGCUUGAGGCCUCGGAAGGUUCCAAGGAGAGCAUCAAUCAGCCGCCUGCGUUGGCGGAAGAGGCUACUUACAUCAACCACAACUUUGCGAACCAGGUGGUGAUUGAGAGUCAAAGCCAAAAGGUGGACAUGCCGCAUGAGAACCCCUUCUACAGCGCGUCUGACGAGACGGAGCCGCCUGCAUCCAAGGCGUACAAGUACCGGCGGUUUGACCUCUCCACCAGCGAGGAGGAUGGCAUGUACCUGAUUGUUCGCACGGAGUUGGACGCAGUCCAAAAGAACACCAUGGGCGGCGACGACCAGUUUGUCACGGUCCAUGCGCUAAACGAGUUCGACAACAAGGCCCAGGGCAGCGGCGGUGCGCUGGACUGGCGGACGAAGCUUGUAUCUCAGCGCGGCGCUGUCGUUGCCACUGAGAUGAAGAAUAACAGCUGCAAGCUGGCGAGGUGGACCGUCCAGAGCAUCCUUGCCAAGGCCGACGUGAUGAAGCUUGGCUUCGUAUCGCGCGUGACGCCCAAGCAGAACGACAAACACGUUAUUCUCGGCGUUAUCGGCUGGAAGCCAAAGGACUUUGCCAACCAGAUGAACCUGCAGCUGUCCAACGGCUGGGGCAUCGUGCGCACCAUUGCCGACAUGUGCCUGCAACGCCCGGAGGGCAAGUAUGUCCUUGUCAAGGACCCCAACAAGAGCAUCCUCCGGCUGUACGAGGUGCCUGCCGGCAGCUUGGAUGAGGAUGGCGAGGAGGCGGCCGAGGUGGAGGAGCAGCCCGAGGGAGACGAAGAAUAA